CUCUUGUUUUAAGCGCAAAACUUGUCACUUCUCUUCGCGCUUCGAUCUUCCCCCGUCUCUUUCUCCAUCACGCCUUUUCCCUUCCAUUCUAUAUCCCCGCUGACACUCUGUUCAUCACUCGUCUACGAUAGUUUUCCCUUCAAUUCCUGAGUUGUAGUAAAAAGGAAGGCGAAGAAGCUUGGAAUUUGGAACCGGAUCGAACUUGAAUUACGGAAUGGAGACGUCUCGGAAAAUCUGUGCGGUUCUUCUAUUUACUCUACUCGCUCUGUACCAGUCCCUCGCCGAAGAUGCUCCGGCGAUUGCUCCAGUACCAGAACCCGCCGCCGAUGAUUCUUCCUCUCCCGCUCCUCCAUCUGGUUCUGUUUCUCCUCCGGCUCCUCCUCCAUCAGAUCUCGGAUCUCCGUCGCCGUCACCGUCACAUGUGAAUGCGAAAUCGUCCGCACCGUCAUCGUCUAUGUCUCCUGAUCCGAAUUCACAAGACGCAGCAGACAGACAUGAUCAGGACAUGAGUAUAAACGCGGAGAAAUCAACCGGCAGGGGAAGGAAGGUGGGCAUUGCUUUUGGGGUCAUCGCCGGCGUAUGCGUCGUGGGAUUUGGAGCCGUGGUUUAUAAGAAACGUCGGGAGAAUAUCCGGCGAUCUCAGUAUCGAAGCGACGGCCGCGAUUCAUUUCGCUAAUUCGCGUAAAUAUCGGGAGAAGGACACACGGUAACGGUGCUGCUAUAAUAAGAAAUCUAUUAUACAUAAUCUUCGGUAUUGAUAUUUUUGGUAGGAUAUCGGGUUUGCAUAUGAUUGGUUCGACUUAUUUCUGGUUAGAAACUGUGAUUUAUUAUUAUAUGGAGAAUUAUUAAUACUAUUAUUAUUAUAUUAUUAUAAUAUACGUAGUAAUUAUAUAA